AGGCGGUACUAUCGAAAUAGUGCCAUCGCUAAUCGAUAUCAUAACAACCCAAUCUCCACGUGCAGCGAUGGAAUUGAAAAAAAUGAAAUCCUUAAAAGACGAAAAUGUGGCAGAAACAUCGACAGAUGAACAGCCCCGAAAGCGGCGAAAUCCUUUCAACACACAACGCCUUAAGGAGGAGAAGGAGCGGCGCCAGAAAAAGCGGGCGCGCCUCAUCAUUCGCAACAUUAGCUACAAAUCCACAGACGAGUCUCUCCGGGAGUACUUCUCGAAAUGGGGAACACUAGAGGACGUAAACAUCUUAAAGCGGGGCGACGGCAAGCUGGUAGGUUGCGCCUUCGUCCAGUAUGAGACCAUCAAUCAGGCCACCAAGGCUAUACUCCACUCCAACGGAAAGGAGCUUCAGGGGCGGAAGGUCUUUGUCGAUUGGGCUCUGGGUAAGGAUGAGUACGUGUCCAAGCAUCCAAAGAGUGAGGAACCAGAGGAAAAAAAGCCCAAGGUUGAGGUUAAAGAAGAAAAUGGAAAUAGCAUUGAACUGGAAGACUCCAAAGAGGAAGUAAAGGAUGAGGAAGACGAUUCCGAAGCAGAAUCCGACCAGGAAGAGGAUGAAGAUGAUGAGGAGGAUGAUGACGAGCUGGAUGAUAGCGAGGCCUCGGAACAGGAACCAGAAAGUGAUGAGGACGUCAAAGAUGACAAAGACGAACUAAAAUCAAAACUAAAUAUUGAAAAUGUCAAAAAAGAAAAGGUUAUCUCCAACGAUGUCCAAGAAGGCUGCACGGUUUUCAUCAAGAAUGUUCCCUUCGAUGCCGAGGAUGCGGAUCUGCGCAAGGUGUGCCGAAAAUUCGGGGUGGUCAGCUAUGCCAUUAUCAAUCGACAGGCCGUUUCUGGUCACUCCAAAGGUACAGCGUUUGUUAAGUUCAGGGCCAAGGAGUCUGCAGAUCUCUGCCUCCAGGCUGGCACAGAGUUUAAGCUCAUGGACGAGGUGUUAGAUCCCCAUCCAGCUCUCAGUCGUGAUGAGAUGAAGACGAAGCAGUCGGAGCAGGAAAAGAAAGAGGACUCGGGAAAAGAUUCCAGAAACCUAUACUUGGCGAGAGAAGGUCUUAUCAUGUCGGGAUCCAAGGCAGCGGAUGGCGUUUCCGCCUCCGACAUGGCGAAGCGCCACGAACUGGAACAGGUUAAGACGCAGGUGCUCAAGAACUUGAAUAGAUUCGUUUCUCGAAAUCGCUUGUCCAUUCACAACCUGCCGCAGAACUACGACAACGAGAAGCUGAAACAGAUGGCCCAAACCUAUACGGGUUUCCGGCCCCACGAAUGUCGUGUAAUGCGCGAGCAAAAGGUAACUCCAGAGCACCCGCAAGGCAAAUCGAAGGGCUUUGGUUUCCUGUCAUUCGACACCCAUCAGAGGGCUUUGGCGGCUCUGCGAAAAUUGAACAAUAAUCCAAAAAUAUUUGGAACUGAGCGUCGACCAAUUGUGGCCUUCAGUAUUGAGGAUCGGGCUGUGCACAAAAUAAAGGAAAAGCGCACCGAACGUUCCAAGCUAAAAAAUCCCACCUUCCAAGCCAAGCAACAGCAGCGAAAGGAGCGCCGUCAGCAGAAGCGUAAUGGCCAAAAAGCCAAACCACAGGGUCCGCAGACCGAUAACAAGGCCAAGCUCCAGAAGCACAUUAAAAAACUUGAGGCUAGCCGGACAGCCAAGGCCGAGGGCAAGCAAAAUGAGAAAAAGAAGUUAAGUGACGUUCAAGGCGAUUAUGUGGGUACGGCGUCCAAGCCAGGGACUGCCUUAAAAAUGAGAUCCAAGAAGAAGAUCGUAGAACAGGCCAAGGAGCAUUUGAAGCGCGUGAAAACGGAGAAGCGCAAGCAGAAGAACAAGAAGAUCCGAGAGUCCCACCUGGCUGAAAGAAAGGCAGACAACCGGCCAAAGCAGGGUCGUAAAAAGGAGAAGGAUGACCUGCGACCCCUAAUCAACAAGUACAAGAAUAUGAUUAGUGGAAAUCAGGGUGGCGGCGGUGUUACGGGCGGCAAGGUGAAAAAACCCAAGCGUACAAAGUGGUACACGGAGUAAAGUUUCCCCGCUUAGAUUAAGAAAUUUGACAUUUUAGCAAUAAAACUGUAAAUGUGAAAAUAA